CUGCAGAUUAAUAGAAACUAGGGGCCAUUUCAAAGUGGAUAAAACCCCAGUGGGGAGGGAGCACAAAAUCUCAGUUUAAAAAAUAAUUAAAGAGGAAAUGCAUGUUUUCUAUGCAAAAGCCUUAUUUUUACUGGAAUUUGGGGCAAAUGGGAUUCAAACUUAACCCAUGUGUGAUGAUCUUCACUGGUGAAGAAAGCAGAGAAAGAAAAAAGCUGCGGAUUUAGCAAUGGGUUCAAUUUAGCUCUUGCUGAAACUUGUUUCUUCCUAAAAAUGCACACAGAAGAAUGAAUUGUUGACCUAUCUAUAGAGAUCAACAGAGAAAAUUCAAAGCUGGUGUGGAUCUAAAUCUGAGAAGUAAAAAAUAAUCGGAGAUUGUGAAAUUCCUGUGUUAUAGCCUUAUUUUAUCAAGAAGUUGGUGAGAGGCGUGCAACUAGGAGCAUUAUAUAAGGCUGUCAGCUUAAUAAUGGAUCUGGAGAAAGCUUCUGUCUGGGGAUCACUGAAACAAAGGACGAAGCCUUUGUUGCAAAACCUGAGCGUCAGAAGGACUAAAAAAAGCUCAGCCAAACUGAUAGAGAAAAGACAGAUUCAUCCUCUAGAUCGCCGACUUAGUUCCUCGGUUCCUGAUGUGCUGAACAUAGAAACAAAACUUGAAGAAGAGAUGCACUAUUCAAGGGCCAAAGCCAUGUCCACUUACUUCCCAAGUGGCUUUUCUGCCUCUGAGCUAUUUCUUCCAACCAGUAGUAACUCUUCCACUGGGCAGACGGAGGAAGAAUGGCAGUGGAGGAAGGAGGAGACCGUCCACUUGGAAAUUGGGGUUCAGGGAACUGAAGAGUUGAUGGUUGAUCGACCAGAUUUGGAAGCAAGGCGGAAAUCAACUGAGGAUUUUUUGGAGAUGCUGCGGAGGAACAGUUUCAGCAAUGACCUUACAGAAGACGCCCUUGAGCAAUCAUACGGAGAGUCCAGCCUUGACACCUCAUAUUCUUCUCAGAUAUCUGAACCUACUCUUGAGGGAGCCGGUGAUGGUUUGAGUAAACCCAGUUGCUUUGCGUAUCUGUUAAUGAUACACCUGAAAGAAGGCAGGAACCUGGUCAUCCGUGAUCGCUGUGGUACGAGUGAUCCAUAUGUAAAGUUUAAGCUGAAUGGAAAAACCCUGUAUAAAAGCAAAGUGGUGUAUAGGAACCUGAAUCCAGUUUGGGACGAAACCGUGGUGCUUCCAAUACAGUCUUUGGACCAGAAACUCUGGGUGAAGGUUUACGACAGAGACUUGACUUCUUCUGAUUUCAUGGGUUCAGCAGUUCUAAUGCUUCACAAACUGGAACUGAACAGCAGGACAACUGAGAAGAUCCUAAAACUGGAAGAUCCAAACAGCUUGGAGGACGACAUGGGAGUGAUUGUGCUGAAUUUAAGACUUGUUGUGAAAUCGGGUGAUAUUAAAAGAAAUCGAUGGCCAAACCGAAGGAGAUGCUCUGUUCCAAAGGCAAGUUUCUUGAGAACCAGCAGAUUGGUAGACACACUGCAAAAAAACCAGCUGUGGAAUGGAACAGUUACUGUGGCUUUACUGGAAGGAAGGAAUAUCCCCAUGGGGAACAUGACCCACCUCUUAGUUCUGUUGAAAAUGGGCCAGGAAAAAUUCAAAAGCAAGACCCUGUGUAAGAGUGCAAAUCCACAGUGGAGGGAACAGUUUGAUUUUCACUACUUCUCUGACAGGAAGGAUGUAUUGGAAAUUGAGAUCUGGGGGAAAGAUAACAAAAAGCAUGAAGAGAUUCUGGGAAUAUGCAGAGUCGAUGUUGGGGGACUCUCUGACAAACAAGCCAACCGUUUGGAACUGCCUCUGGAGAAGCAGCCUGGUUUCUUGGUGAUGGUGAUCUCCAUUGCACCUUGCUUAGGGGUGUCUAUCUCUGAUUUGUGUGUGUGUCCCCUGGGAGACCCCAAUGAAAGAAAACAGAUUUUCCAGCGUUAUAGUUUAAGGAACUCUUUCCAAAACGUGAAGGAUAUUGGUUUUUUACAAGUCAAACUUUUAAAAGCUGUUGAUCUGUUAGCUGCAGAUUUUUCAGGCAAAAGUGAUCCCUUCUGUGUCCUGGAAUUAGGGAACAGCAGACUUCAGAGUUACACCGUUUACAAAAACCUCAACCCAGAAUGGAAUCAGGUCUUUACUUUCCCUGUUAAAGACAUUCACGAGGUCCUGGAAGUCAUGGUGUUUGACGAAGAUGGAGAUAAACCUCCUGACUUUCUUGGAAAAGUUGCCAUCCCUUUGCUGUCGAUUAAAAAUGGACAACAAAGUUGCUAUGUGCUAAAGAAUAAAGAUUUGGAACUUCCAUCAAAAGGCAUGGUCCACUUGGAGAUAGAAGUCCUGUUUAAUCCUAUAAGAGCAAGCCUUAGAACCUUUUUUCCACGUGAGAGGAGAUUUGUGGAAGACAACCGCAAGUUUUCCAAGAAGAUUUUAUCAAGAAACGUGGACCGGGUGAAAAGAAUCUCCAUGGCAAUCUGGAACACGAUACUGUUCCUCCGAAGCUGCUUUCACUGGGAAUCUCCCCUAAGAAGCUUGAUAGCUUUUGUGGUGUUUGUGACCACAGUGUGGCAUUUUGAGCCCUACAUGGUGCCCUUAGCGUUGUUGAUGCUCUUUGUGUACAACAUCUCCCUGAGCAGUCCUGAUAAAGCCUUAAUCAUACAAGACCCCCAGGACUAUAUCAUUGUAGAAGAGGACGAGGACGAGGAUGACAAGGAGUCUGAAAAAAAGGGUUUAAUAGAAAGAAUUCACAUGGUCCAAGACAUUGUUAUAACAGUCCAAACACUUUUGGAGGAAAUAGCAUCUUUUGCAGAGAGGAUAAAAAAUACGUUCAACUGGACUGUUCCUUUCCUCUCUGCACUGGCUUGCUUAGUGCUCACAAUAGCAAUGAUUGUGCUGUAUUACAUACCAUUGCGGUACAUCGUUUUAAUAUGGGGCAUACAUAAAUUUACAAAGAAGCUAAGGAAUCCUUAUGCCAUUGACAAUAAUGAGUUGCUAGACUUCCUCUCCAGAGUCCCAUCUGAUGUUCAGAGGGUGCAACAGGCUGAAUUGAAACCAUACAGCAAUUCCAGUCCCAUUAGGAAGAAAAGGAGCGCCUAGUAGGAUAUGAACCUUGGAAUGCAAGGUGCCCCUUCCGGGAACGCUGCAUGCAUGGGCUGCCUCUCUGCGCCCCCCUCCCGCUCGGCCUUGCAGAUCCGAUCAGUGCUGCGUUCACUCCAUCCAGCUUGUCUGGAAGUCAUAUUUGGACUUCAAACAAAAAAAGAAAAUCAAAGUUAUUCGUAGCAAGCUUGACCUGGCUGAUUUGUCCCUGGAAGAGCAGAAAACAGGACUGUUCAAAUCCAGAAUGGCGUUCAGCGCAGAUUGGAGAACUAAAGCCAGAGGAGAUGGUGGGUUAUUUUUUUUUUAAAUUCCAUUAGACAAUGGAAAAGCCAUUUUUAAUUUCCCAUUUUUGCAUGCCGAUUUGUCCCUGACAUAACAAUUAAAACUACGAAAGCCAGAAUGACACUCAGCACGGAUUCCAGAGUCAAAACCAGGCGGACUCUGUCUUAUUUUGUAUAAUAGAAAAGUGCCUCUUUUUUUUUCUUCUUUUUUUUACUGUUUUUGUUUUGCAUACCAGUCGAUCGCUGGAAGUAAAGAACUAGAACUUUUCCUAGCUUGAAUGGAAUUUCUUAGUAUGGAACCCAGAGUCAAAAUCACGGGAAGACUUUAUUUUUUUUUCUAUAAUGGGAAGGACUUUUUCCCCUCCACCAUGCCAAUUGGCCCUUAAGAAGUCAGAAUGCUUUCAAGAUGAGAAGUGAUGAAGUGGUGAAGAAGGUUUGUUUUUUUCCUUUUGCAUCACAGAAAGCCCCCCCCCCUUUUCCACCUGACAGAAACACAUCAAGUGGCUUCAUUGCUUGGCGUAGAUCAGACAUGUCAAACUCGUGAGCUUUUUUGCCAUUGCCGGAGCUUUUUUGCCAUUGCCGGCAAUGGGGUGGGCGCGGCUCCAGUAUGAUGAAACUGGCCUGUGGACCGGCAGUUUGACACCCCUGGCAUAGAUGAUUCUGAACUGCAGAUUACUAGAUCUUUGAAACCUGUUUUAAAGCACUUUAAAACUGUUUAAAACCUGUUUUAAAGCACUUCUCAGAACUGCAGAGGAAUGAUCAAUGUCUUCCUUCCUUCCUUCCUUCCUUCCUUCCUUCCUUCCUUCCUUCCUUCCUUCCUUCCUUCCUUCCUUCCUUCCUUCCUUCCUUCACAGUUGCUGCCAGAUGCCAGAGUGAUUAGGCUUAGAAGGAGACUAUUGCUGGCAAUAGACUUCCUUCAAGCCAUCAUUUAACUAUAUUGUGUCAUUUGAAUCUCCCACUGAUCUCUGAUGUUGCUCAGUUUUGAUUUCCUUCUAGAGCUCCAUCUUGUUGGAUCCUUUGCCUUCUCAUCCUCAGUGGGGGUCUUAGUCUAAUAAUACAUUGAUGACGCAUAUAUAAAAGUACUUUUAUAACUAGACACAUGGCAAAAAUGGAAUGAGACCUUUGUUUUUAUGUAUUUUUAAAAGAAGCUGUUGUAUUUAAAUUGUGCAAUCUAG